AUGGAGAGAGGCCUCCACCACGAACGUGUCCAAGGUGUCUCUCAGACAACACCAGGUUCUGUUACUACAACAACCAGGUUCUGUUACUACAACAACUAUAGCUUGGCUCAACCUCGCUACACCUGUAAGUAUUGUCGUCGAUUCUGGACUCAUGGUGGGGCUAUAAGGAACAUACCCGUUGGUGGCAGUGUCCGUAAAACCAAGCGUCCAAGAAUAAAUCAACCAUCUGUUGCUCAGGUGGUUCCUGUUGAGACCCAACAUGUUAAUCAUCACCAGCCUAUCUUACAUGAUCAAGAAACCGACGAUUUUCAUGGGUCGUUUUGA